AUGUCUGCCUUCACCAACGGCGCCAUUGCGCCACCCAAUUCCAGAAAGAAGCUGAAUGUCACACCAGAGCCAAGCCCUGUUCAGGAAGACGAUCUUGACGAGGAACUGGUCGAUGUUGGAGAAGAAAUGCCGAUAGAGCAAGCCCACCCCGAGAUCGACCAGUACAGUGAUCCUCCCGAAUCGCCAGACGAGUUCCGUUCGGAUGUUCUCAAAGAGCAAGGCAUUACCGGUUUCAUAGUCAAGGUUGCAGGCCGUCUGAGGACCCUCAAGCCCCCUGUUCGAUUGCAGGCGCGCCACCAGUUCUACAGCCUGAUUCGAGAACUCAAUGUCGACAUGCAGGGAGCAAACCCGGUCUACAGCCAGACCGCAGCUUUCAAGAUCCGCAAUGAACUGGAGAAGUGGGGACUCGGCGAGACACUCCUGCUGGACUUCGAGAGGCUGCUGCACCAUUUUGAGGAGCGCGCAGAGAAACACAGGGAGGAGACCGAGAGAAAGGCGCAGGAGUACGAGGAGGAGCAGAGAAAGAAGCAGGAGUGGGACGUGGUCACUGAGGACGAUGCCAAUGACGACUGGGAGCUGGUCUAA